GUGGAGGAGGGAAGUGGAAUGGGCGCAGUAAGAAAUGGAAGGAGAUGUUGAAACUUCCCCACAUCAGUCUGUGUGAAGAGCUACGCUGCACCAUCGACAGGGACUAUACCAGUCUGUGUGAGAGACAGCCGAUUGGUCGAUUGCUGUUCCGUCAGUACUGUGACACCAGGCCAGAGCUCAAACGUUGCAUCGAGUUCAUGGACUCUGUGGCCCUGUACCAGCUCGCUCCGGAUGAGAAGAGGAAGGACUGUGGAAUCAGAAUGUUGGAAACGUACUUCAACAACGGGUCGGCAGCCCAUCUGCGAGAUAUACCUCAGGAGUUGGUAGGGGAGUGUCGUGAAAAGCUGGAACAGACGCCCUGCAAGGAACUCUUCAACGACUGCUGCAAUAUUGUUCGGGAGUACCUGAGUGGUGCUCCGUUCUCGUCCUACCAGGAGACGAUGUACUUCUCUCGCUUUCUGCAGUGGAAGUGGCUGGAGAGGCAACCAGUAACCAAAAAUACCUUCAGGCAUUACAGAGUACUAGGAAAAGGUGGAUUUGGUGAGGUGUGUGCCUGUCAGGUCCGGGCCACUGGUAAGAUGUACGCCUGUAAAAGCUGGAGAAGAAGAGAGUGAAGAAGAGAAAAGGUGAA